CGCCGGCGAGCGCGCGGAGAGCCCGGUGCGCGAGCCUGGAGCGCGGUUCGAGGUGGGCAGCGCUGCCUUCCGCUGCACGCCACCCCGCCGCUCAUCCCGGUCGGCGGCCAGAGUGCCGGGCUCGCGCUCGCCCCACUCCCGCAGCCAACGGUGCGCCCAGCGGCCAUGACCGCCGAGGAGAUGAAGGUGGCGGAGAACGGGGCGCAAUCGGCGCCCCUGCCUCUCGAAGGAGUGGACAUCAGCCCCAAGCAGGACGAGGGCGUGCUCAAGGUCAUCAAGAGAGAGGGUACAGGCACAGAGACAGCCAUGAUUGGGGACCGAGUCUUUGUCCACUACACUGGCUGGCUGCUAGAUGGCACAAAGUUUGACUCCAGUUUGGACCGCAAGGACAAAUUCUCCUUUGACCUGGGAAAAGGGGAGGUCAUCAAGGCUUGGGAUAUUGCUGUGGCAACCAUGAAAGUGGGGGAAGUGUGCCACAUCACCUGCAAGCCAGAAUACGCCUACGGUUCAGCAGGCAGCCCUCCAAAGAUUCCCCCAAAUGCCACACUUGUAUUUGAGGUGGAGCUGUUUGAGUUCAAAGGAGAAGAUCUUACAGAAGAUGAAGAUGGUGGGAUCAUCCGCAGAAUACGGACUCGGGGGGAAGGCUAUGCCAGGCCCAAUGAUGGCGCUAUGGUAGAAGUGGCACUAGAAGGCUACUAUAAUGACCGGCUGUUUGACCAGCGGGAGCUCUGCUUUGAAGUCGGGGAAGGGGAAAGCCUGGAUCUGCCCUGUGGGCUGGAGGAGGCCAUUCAGCGCAUGGAGAAAGGAGAACAUUCCAUUGUGUACCUCAAACCUAGCUAUGCUUUUGGCAGUGUUGGGAAGGAAAGGUUCCAGAUCCCACCACAUGCUGAGCUGAGGUAUGAAGUACAUCUGAAGAGUUUUGAGAAGGCCAAGGCAUCUUGGGAGAUGAACUCUGAGGAGAAGCUGGAGCAGAGCAACAUAGUGAAAGAAAGGGGCACCGUGUACUUCAAGGAAGGCAAGUACAAGCAAGCCUUACUGCAGUACAAGAAGAUUGUGUCUUGGCUAGAAUACGAGUCUAGUUUUUCCGGUGAGGAAAUGCAAAAGGUCCAUGCGCUCCGACUGGCCUCACAUCUCAAUCUGGCCAUGUGUCACCUGAAACUGCAGGCCUUCUCAGCUGCCAUCGAAAGCUGUAACAAGGCCUUGGAGCUGGACAGCAACAAUGAGAAGGGCCUGUUUCGCCGGGGAGAGGCACACCUGGCCGUGAAUGACUUUGACCUGGCACGAGCUGACUUCCAAAAGGUCCUGCAGCUCUAUCCCAGCAACAAAGCCGCCAAGACCCAGCUGGCUGUGUGCCAGCAGCGGACCCGCAGGCAGCUUGCCCGGGAAAAGAAGCUCUAUGCCAACAUGUUUGAGAGGCUGGCUGAGGAGGAACAUAAGGCCAAGACAGAAGUGGCUGCAGGAGACCAUCCCACUGAUGCUGAGAUGAAGGGUGAGCCGAACAAUGUGGCAGGCAACCAGGCUCAGGUGAAGACAGAAGCAUAGCCUGCCUCUCCGCCUACCCACCCCUGCGGCUGCCUCCCUGCUCCCUUCCCUACUCCACCCUGUUAGUUUUGUAAAAACUGAAGAAUUUUGAGUGAAUUAGACCUUUAUUUUUCUAUCUGUUUGGAUGAUGGCUUUGGGGGAGAAGGGAGAAGAGCAGGCUGAGGGUGAAAUGGGGGGUAGUUUUAGAUGGUGUCAACUCCUCUUUUCUUCCCCGUUAUACAUGAGUGUAUAUCCUUCCACACAUACAUCAGAAUGUUAAUUUAUUUUGCUCCCUCUGUUUGCUCCAUUUUCAAGUGGUUGAAGGGGCUGUGUGAUAGGGAUGGGGUCUGAUAAGCCAGGGUGGAGAAGACUCCUGGGCAGCCAUUUUUCCCAUCCCUUCCCUCUGUGGUUGUUUUCCAAGCCUGCGGUCUCCAUGAAGGUGCUAGGGGCAUGGGAAAACCACUGUUGUGUCCAUUACCUCUCUUGCCUUGCUCUCCUGAGAUGGUAUUCCCGGUAACAUCCCCCGGUAUCACAGUGAUCGCCUCUAGACAGCUCCUACCAGUACUUCCCCUUUCCUCCCCUCCUCUCAGUUUCCUCAUCCAGGUCAUCCCUGUCCCCAUCCCCUCAGCCUCUUUAAUGCACGCUGAAGGUCCAGGCACACCUCAAGUCCUGUGCUUGAGCAAUAAAGUGGAAACCACAAAACCUGGGUGUCAGGCAACCCUUUAUGUUGAGCUCUCGGGUGGGGCAUGGUGGGGAUAUGGGCGGGGCAGGAUGAAUAAGGUCCCACUCUGCUCCAUCGUUAAAGUGUGGGAUGUGGUGCAGACUGUGGCAAGGCAGGAAACAGCUGCUGUGCUCAUACACCCUGAGCUCUGAUAUAGACUACAGCAGUAGAAUGCUGGGGUGGUUCCCCUCAACAAGAAGAGGAAGAGUUUAUAAACAGUGGUUUUGAAACUGGCUUCUUGUACUACUGCCUCCCUGUUCUAGUAGACAUCUGGGGUGUUAUAGCUGAAUGUAUCUAAGCACCAUGUCCAUUCUGGAUGCCUGUGGAGACCAGACUACGGCAUCAAGUCCCUCAGACUGGAGAGAAUUGAGAGUCACUAGUUGGGUGCCUGGAAUCACACCUGGGUCCUUGUCCGAUGAUAUAAAAACACUAUCACUAGGCUGGCCUUGUGUGUCACAUCUUUAAUGCCAGCACUCUGGAAUUGGGGUCGGGUGGAUCUCUGGUCAAGGCCAGCUUGAUCUACAGAAUGAGUCCAGGACAGCCAGGGCUCUUUAUACAGAGAAACACUGUCUCAAAGACCUUCAGUGUUGCUGGCUUUUGUUG